UUUACGAACGUUUGACGGCUUGUGAUUGUAAUAACUUGUUAUUCGCUUUGAAAGUUAAAUAAAUAGCAUUUCUCAAUAAAAAGACAAUGAAAACUGUGUAAAAUCUAUAACUAUGUUGAAUCAAACUUCGACGGAAGCUUUGCUUUCGGCCACUUACGUCGAAAAUUAUUUAGAUUGUGUGGAAAAUCUGCCCAAUGACCUGCAAAGACAUUUAUCGCGUAUGCGAGAAUUAGACGUGACUUAUAGAGAAUGCCUCCGAGAUGCAGAGACGCACUUGGCUGUUUGCAUAGGACCUAACACAGAAGAGCGCCGUCGUGGCAGGGCGGCAAUACGUCUGCAGAGUGCUCUGGUGGCUGCACAAGAAAUAGGUGACGAGAAACUUCAAGUGGUCCAGCUCCUGCAAGAUCUUAUCGACAAUAAACAGAGGUCGUUGGAUGGGGAUCACAAGAAACUCGUUUCCUGCUUAGACGUGAACACAAAUGGCACAACAAAGGAGGCCUCUCCGCCACAGCCGCCAGAGCCCCGCGCCGUGGAGAAGGAGCCCAGCGUGCAGCCGGUGCAGCCCCAGCAUGUGCCGCCACCACCGCCACCUGAGAGGACUAAUGAGAAGGAAAAAGAGAAAACAGAUAAGGAUAAAUCUGGAGGUGAGCGGUGGUCGAAGCGCGCGCGCCGCUCGCGGACGACGACCGGCGCAGCUACAGACGGCGCCGACUCAGAACGCGAACGCGACAGCGAGCGACACGCACACAACACGCAACACAAAAAAGGUAUUACAGGUAAGAAGAAAAAGCGCAAGCGUCAAACGGCUCAACGUUCGGAGACGCCGCCCGAGGAAGCCGACGCCAUCGACCCUGACGAGCCUCGCUACUGCCUCUGCGACCAGAUCUCAUUCGGCGAGAUGAUCCUCUGUGAUAACGACCUGUGCCCCAUAGAGUGGUUCCACUUCUCCUGUGUCUCACUCACCACUAAACCCAAGGGGAAAUGGUUCUGCCCCAAGUGUCGUGGUGACCGACCCAACGUCAUGAAACCUAAAGGUCAAUUUCUCAAAGAAUUAGAACGGUAUAAUCGGGAAAAGGAGGAGAAGGCAUAGUGUUUGAAUGUAUCGGAAGUGAUAUGACUGAUUUAUUAACACUUUUGAAAAAAUAAUAAAUUUAUUUGAUCACACCGAUGUGGUACAUCUUAUUCGAAGUGAAAGUUCUCUUGAUGUUGAAAUCGUAUCGAUUUAUGAAAUUAUGAAGUUUAUUUAUGUUACAAAAUACCGUUUAACAAUGGUUUGGUACGAUUUUAAUGUUACGGGGAAUCAAGACUUUUUCUCAACGACAUGAAGCUACUACACUAUUGCUUGUGUGUGCAAUUUGUGACGUCAAUGUGGAAAUUCCAUAAAUUCUAGAAUGUGGGUAGUUGCAGAUGUCAUGUAACAAAAAGGGAGGCACGGAGAAUUAUCUCUUCAUGAACAAAAAGCAAAACUGUAAUAGGACAGCAAAUUUUGCAUCAGUUCUACCCUCUAUAAGUAAAUAUUUGAUCUCAGCAUACUCAUACUACAAUAGGCUAGUUGACACUUUUUUUAAAUGGUCUUAAAUUGUUCAUUAACAUUCUAUUAGAUUAAAAAAAUAUAUCGAAUUUUUUUGAAACUGAUAAAAAUUUUAAUUUUUAAAUUUUUUUUUGACAAUACGAACCAAAACGCUGUCAACUGUUUCAUGACGUCACGUUAACAAAUCCUUUACCUUAAAGACCGUUUGACAAAAAUAUUAGUUAACAAUUAGUUUGACGUUUAUCAAGUAACAUUGACGUCACAAAAUGGGCGGCAGCGUUUUUGACGUUUGGAAAAUUUUAAUAAAUACAUGAUUUUUAAAUAAGUUUUCUAUGAAAUCCUUAACUUUUAUUAAUUGAUAUCGAUAUAUUUCGGACCCUUAUGUCAUGUACUGCACGUAAUUAAUAUUGUUUAUAUUAAAUUUGAUAUGAGUCAACUACCCUAUUGCGAAGUUCAUAUCAUACCUCAUUUAGAAGUAGCGCCGCUCUAGUCGGAUUUUGAUCUGUAAUUUGUCAUUUACAAGCAUUUUUAGCUAAAUUAAAGAGAUAAUUCUCCUUUUUCCGUUUACCCCAUAACAGAUUACUGUCUAAAGUUCUUAACAGGUGUCAGUACACAGGCAAAAAUAACCUAAAUACUCUCAAUCUAUACGUAUAAUAAAACUGUAGCAGGUACAGUACAUUGAAGAUAUUUUGAAAAUUUUUGCUGAAGGGCAUUAUACUGGGGAAUAUUUCCCAUAACUUCAAGGUUUUUAACUAAAAAAAUAAAAACUUUGAUGUUUUCAUGCAAAAUAAUAAUUCAAAUAAUUUCGACUAGCCAUGUAACACAUGCCUUUUAGACCGGUCAAAUUAAACCAAAAAAUAAGAGUAAAGCUACAUAAAGUCCCACCAAGCUGAAAAUCAGUAAGAUAAAAAUAAAAUUUGUUCCCCAUAUUUCCCUUGUAAGGAAAUUUUGUUAUUAAACGUGAACCUUAAUCAUAAAUAUACCAAAGAAGAUUUUGUAGAUAAUUUUAUGGUCUACAAUCUUAUCUUUGGUAUAUUUAUAAUUAAUCUUACCGUUUUGCUGAAAAUCGUGAAACACUCAUUUUUUAACCUUGAUAAUAAUAAGACCAUAAUAUUGACUAUGCCGGCACCCUAUCAUAUUAUGACCAUAAUACUGACUAUGCUGGCACCCUAUCAUAUUAUGACCAGAAUAUUGACUAUGCCGGCACUCUAUCAUAUUAUUGCUGUAAGUAUUAUAUAAUUGGUAUUAAUUUUGACACACCAUUGACGUCAAAAAUUACACAAGCAAUACUGGAUCCAUUUGUGACACAAUUUUUUAAAAUGGUUGUGUGUAUGUACAUUGUAGAAGAAUGACAAAAUAAACGAAAAUCAAUUUAGAAGAGAAAUCUUGGCCGCUAAUAUGGACGUAUUAAUCGACUUGAUCAUUGAAAGUUUAUAUUAUAAUAAUAAUAUAUUUUUAUGUAUGUGUAUGUCGAUUAGUUAAUUAUUUAUUAGAAAAUAAAUAAUUUUGAAGAUUUA